GAGUACCAUAAAUGCAAAACUCAAAAUUUCCACGCAACAUGUUCUGUCCCAUUUGGAACAUUGUCUUGUAGGCACUGGAAACAGUCAAAGUAACACAGAUCGACAUGAAUCUUUUACCUUCAAUCAUGCAAACUUAUAAUUUGGGACACUGACUUCACUUGACUUGACUCAUCUCCACUUCAUUUCUCCAUCUUUACAGUUUACACUCAACUUUCUGAGUUUCAUUUUCCCCAACAAAACGCGUCAGUACAAAAUUUUCAAUCCUGAAAAGUCCGCAAUAUCAUACAUUAAAUGACCCAAUUCAAUUCUGAUAGGUAUGUCGGUAUUUUUUGAGUAAACAAAGACACUACCACUCAAAAGUUUAUUUUUUUAUCAUUAAAUUUUGUUGGGUUGGAUUGGAUUCAUUAUGUUGUUACCUGAAUCUGAUCCUUCUCCCCAUGAUUCAAGUUUGCUUCUUUCUCUACCAGAUGAUGUGUUUGCCACAGUUUCUAGGUUCUUGAUUCCUAGAGAAGUUUUCAAUCUCAGUUUAUGUUGCAAGAGUCUCUAUGCUCUUGCAAAUUCUGAAAAAGUUUGGCUUACUCAAUGUGACAUUAUAGGUAUUGUGUCACACAAAGACCUUGUUGAGUGGAGAGAGUGUGUUUCAUCUUACAAAUCACUUUGUCGUUUUCUUUCGAGUGUUAAACCGUUGAUUGGUAUAUGGGUUCAACAGAACCCUGAGCUUGGUAACCUUGUUUAUGUAAUGCCGGGUUUUGUUUCUGUUGUCGCGUGUCGAAUAAUUCCUCAGGAGAUUGUUUCAUCAGGGAGUAUUCAAGAUGGUGUUAUCCUUUGGUCACCUGUGUUUGAAAUUGUUUGUGAUUUCGAUGGUUCGAAUAUGUUUUUUCUUCAUGGAAGGGAAGAAAAGGGAAUAGAUUGUGUUUAUCAUGGUUCUGUUAAGUGUGUUAAUAGAUUUUGCAAUUUAUUGCUGCUUGAGGUUGAAUCUUUGAAACAUGAUAAUAAUGAGGCAUUAGUUCCUUUUAGCAAGUUGGGUUUUAGGGAUAGAAAAAAGUUGCUUGAGGUCACUACUAGUACUAGCCAAGUUAGAUUAGAGGUUCCUAAUUAUGCAAAUGAUCCAUUGUUUCCUAGAUCAAGAGAUGAUUAUGUCAAUUUUCAGAAAGAUUUGGUGCUCUUGAAGGAAAGAAGAGAAUUUCUUAUUCAAAUGACUCAAAUGUAUAAGCUUGGUUGUAUUCAGAUUGAAAAUAAGGAAAAUUCUCGAGAGGAGGAAGUCGGUUCGAUGCUAUUUGAGGUUAAUGAGGUAAGAAAGAGUCUUGAUUAUUCCAAGGCUUUAUCUUUUCCUCCAAGCAAUGAGAAUGGUCACACACAAUGCAUCAAGAGAAAAAGUUUAGGCGGUUACUUUUGGGGAGGCUUUAAACAUAUCUUUGGAAGAUCUAGUUCAAUUGAUGGCUGUGUUUUUAAUAUUGAUCAACAACAUGACACAAUCGCAGAAACCAGAGACACUCAAAGUUCUAGUUCAACGGUUGGAAAUGUUGAUAAACAACAAAACACAAAUGCAGGAACAAGAGAAGAUCGAAGUUCUACAACAAUCGGUGGCAGCGUAAUCAGUAAUGAUCAGCAACACAACACGACCGCAGGAACAAGAAACGAUCACAUGAUGGUUAGUUCAAGCCAUGAGACAAAGCGUGAUAAGCUUCAAGACUUUCUCAAAUCACGGGACACACUAAGGCUAACGUUAAAGGCAUUAACUGCAAACUUGUCUUCUUUUCGAGGCUGGCCGAAUAUGAACAAGAAUUGGUUUGCACUUUACAAGAUGCCUUUGCAAGUUCCUAGAGUAGACCAAGUGUAUGCUGGUUUAUGGGGAGGAACGUUUGGUUGGCCUCAUGAAAAAUCUUCUCAAGAUAAGUCUAGAAAGCCUCUAUUCUUUCUUUUGCUCUCUUAUUCAGAGUCGAAGGGACAACAAUUUCUCAUCGGAACAAAAAUAUUGGAAGGAACUUGCUACGCCAUGCAUCCUAAUGGAUCUGCAAUGUUCACAGUGAAUAUCAAUGAGCCUUCAUCUGAUCCCUUUCCUUGGAAAACUGACCGGAACUCAUUAUCGAUGAAUAAUAUCGAACACGCUUUUAUGGGAGAAGGUAUUGCUAGUGGUUAUGGUUUCAAAUAUCCAGGAUCAAAGCCUGGUUCACUCUUUGUAUUUCAAAAUGGAGAUCUCGCCUUUGUUUGGAAGGAGUCAAGAGAUGUUUUGAUGCUGCGAAGACUUAACUUGCAAGAACUUUUGAAGAAAGGAAAAAUGAUACCUUCUUUGCCUCCCAUUGACAACUUUUCUUAUUUGAUGAAGUCCUACUUAAAUGUGUUUACCAGCUAAAAAUGUCGUGUUAGCUAGCUCAUUAGAUAUCAAAAUUUGCGCAUGUUUUUUCUUAUGAAUAUCUAAUCAUUUUGCAAGGAAGUUACAGUUAGAAUGAUCUAUGAACUUAAAUAAAAUUAUUUGCACAA